GUUGUACUCGCACAGUACUCCAACAGGCAGGAUGUCUCCCUCCGAUAAGAUAACACUUUCGCCCUCCGGCAACAGUUGGAGACUCCCCUCACUCAGUGGGGUGGGUAUCUUCGUUACGCUCUUAUCCUCGGCAUGGCCUAAUCUACCAAUAGUCCUCCGGCCAAUAUUGGAGACAUAUCGCUUCCGCUAGCUUCUCCAUCCUUCCCUUCCUCCGUAUAACAAACAUCGGUCGUAUCCUCAGCUGCUAAGUACUUUGAACGCCAAUUGCAACCCUUCUCCUCCCUCCCGCCCCGAAUCUCGACCCUCUUCGUCAUAACAAUGCCACUCAAUUCCAAAGCCAUCUACUCUCGACUCAAUGCAGACUUUGCCCCGUUUGCUAGUCGACGGAGUACUGUGCACAGUCUCAAGGGUAUUGUGACUUGCACACAACCUCUUGCUGCAGCUGCAGGGCAGAAGAUCCUCAGCAAGGGCGGCAACGCUGCAGACGCUGCAAUUGCCGUAGCCGCCGCAUUGAACAUAACUGAACCCUCUUCCACUGGCAUUGGAGGUGACAUGUUCUGCCUCUACUACGAUGCCAAGACGAAGAAAGUACAUUCCAUCAAUGGCUCUGGUAGAUAUCCUAGCAGCGCAACGCUGGAGAAGGUUCGAGAGGACCUCAAAUUGCGCCCGGGCGAUUCGGGCAAGAUUCCCAUGACCAGUGUCCUUGCAGCCACGACUCCGGGAGCCGCUGCAGGUUGGGUCGACACAUUCGAGAAAUUUGGUAGUGGGAAAUUGACGUUAGAGGAUGUCUUGAGUCCUGCAAUUGAGCUAGGCGAAGAGGGAUUUCCCGUAUCUGAAUUGGCGUCAUUCUUCUGGCAUGAAAGCGAGCACCUCAUCCGUGCUGCUUCUCCCAAUUUCAGCGAGAUGCUUAAAUCUGAUCAAACGGCUAAAGACGGCUGUCGUAGCCCUCUGGCGGGAGAAAUCAUGCGCAACCCAACCCUCGCUCAAACAUUCCGCUCCCUAGCCGCCCACGGCAAGAAGGGCUUCUACGAGGGCCGCAUUGCCGAAGAAAUCGUCAAGGUCGUCCAAGACCUGGGCGGCUACAUGACGCUAGACGACCUUAAGUACCAUGCCGAGGUUGGAAGCCAAGAAACAGAAGCUAUCUCCCUGAAGUUCACGGGCCAGGGAAUCGUCUCCAAGCAAACCCCCGGCACGACCGAUGAGACUAACGAAGGCGUCGAGAUCUGGGAGCACCCGCCCAAUGGCCAGGGCAUUGUCGCCCUCAUGGCUCUGGGAAUCCUUGAGGAGCUCGAACGCACCGGUAAGAUCCCGGUCUUCGAAGAAGCCCAGCACAACUCCGCAGAAUACCUUCAUGCGGUCAUUGAGUCUCUCCGGAUUGCCUUUGCCGAUGCCUCGUGGUGGGUCACGGAUCCAGACACCAACAAGAUCCCCUCCCAGGAACUGAUCUCCAAGGCCUACCUCGCUGAGCGAGCUAAACUCUUCAACCCAGACCGAGCCUCUGACAUCAUUGAUCACGGCAGCCCCGCCCACAACCACUGCGACACGGUCUACUUCUCCGUGACGGACAGCGAAGGGAACGGCAUCUCCUUCAUCAACAGUAACUACGGCGGCUUCGGCACCUGCAUCAUUCCCAAGGGAUGCGGGUUCACCCUCCAGAACCGCGGAGCCAAUUUCUCUCUGAAUCCAGACCACCCGAACGUCUUGGCCCCGGGGAAACGGUCCUACCACACCAUCAUCCCGGCUAUGGUCACGAACAGCUCGGACGGAUCGCUGCAUUCGGUGUACGGCGUGAUGGGCGGCUUCAUGCAGCCGCAGGGCCACGUGCAGGUGCUGUUGAACAUGCUAGCGUUUGGGUACCACCCCCAGGCGGCACUGGAUUCCCCUCGGAUCUGCAUCGCCGCAGGCGAGCGGAUCCCUGGGAAGAGCGUAGACCGCACUGUGUAUGUGGAGGAAGGAAUUACUAAGGAGGCAGUCGACGGCCUGAAGCGUCUGGGCCACGAGGUGAAGGUCCUAAAGGGGUGGGAGAGAGGCAUGUUUGGCCGAGGUCAAAUCAUCCGAUGCCACUAUGAUGAGGGUAUACUGAUCUACAGCGGUGGAAGCGAUCUACGAGGCGACGGGCUGGCGAUUCCGAUUGUGUAAUCGCGUUAUUCUGGGACUUCAAUAUAUUCGGUGAAAAGGUCAUGAAUGUG